GGGAAGCAAGAGGGAACCUCAAAUCAACCCUCCUGACCUCCACAGAUAACGAUCAUGUUGCUUAAUAGAAGAACUUGCAUUUUAAAAGACGAGCUUAAAGAGACUGUAUAUUUCUUAACCAGAACUCUGCUUUAAGAGAAUCUUAGAAAAACUAGAUUUAUCUAGUAUCAAAAGCUUUUUAUUUUUUGCCCUCCUGAGAAAAUUUUUUUUGGAUGCUUAUUGGAUUUUGACCCAUCCUAUUUUAACUCCUUAUGAAUCUCAACCUUUUGGAUAACUUUGCCAGAUACAACUUCCUUCCCAGACUGACAUGAGCUGGAUAAACACCAUGAACAACAGCACUGCUGAAAUUCCGCACGCGGCUGAGAUGUGUAACGAGACUUGUUCCAGCCAGCCGCUGAGCUCUGAGUUCUCCCUGGGUGUGUUGGUGCUGCUGGCUUUCCUCAUGGUGUUGCUGUGUCUGGUGACCAUCCUUGGAAACAUGCUGGUGAUCCUUGCUUUCAUUAUGGACAGAAACCUCAGGCAUCGGAGUAACUAUUUCUUUCUGAAUCUUGCUGUUUCUGACUUUGCAGUGGGUGUGUUCUGUAUGCCAUUGUACAUCCCUUACGCCCUGACAGGGACAUGGCACUUGGGAAGGAGCCUGUGCAAGCUCUGGCUGGUCAUGGACUAUCUCCUGUGCACAGCUUCAGUGUUUAACAUCGUCCUUAUCAGCUACGACCGUUUCCUCUCCGUUACAAAAGCUGUAUCUUACAGAGCCCAGCAGGGAAUAAUGUCCAGCUCUGCCAUCAAGAUGGUGGCCAUCUGGGUCUUAGCAUUCCUCCUGUACUGCCCAGCCAUCCUGCUUUGGGAGCAUGUGGCCGGACACAGCGUGGUAGCGGUGGAUCAGUGCUACGCUGAGUUCUUUGACAACUGGUACUUCCUCCUGUGUGCAUCCACCCUGGAGUUCUUUGUGCCCCUGCUCUUGGUGACCUACUUCAAUGUGCACAUCUUCCACAACAUCCAGCGGCGCCAGCGGCGUGGCAGCGUGCAGGACUGUGAGCCUCCCAGGAGCAGCAGCCUGUCCUGGAGGUUUUGUGGCUUGCCAAGGCCAGGGGCAUCAUCUCCUUCAUCAGAAGCAGAGGACAGUGUUUCAUCACUAACGCGGUCAUGGAGACCAGCAGUGGUGGCUAAUGGUCCAUCUCGAACAGAAACCAGUUCUAGAGCUUCCCAAAGGAACUUUUCUGCUUCUUUCUGUUCAAGGUCUGGAUCAAAACUGCAACGGGACAAGAAAAUAGCAAAGUCUCUUGCCGUAAUUGUCUGUGUGUUUGCCAUUUGCUGGGCCCCAUACUCUUUAUUAAUGAUUAUCCGUGGGGUCUGCCAAGGAGAGUGCAUCCAUAACUCCCUCUAUGAAGCAACCUUUUGGCUUUUGUGGAUCAAUUCCUCUUUGAACCCAUUUCUUUAUCCUCUCUGUCAUAUGAGGUUUCGAAUGGCUUUUCUGAAGAUAUUAUGUCCCAAAAAGUUUGCAACAUUGAGAUCAGGUAACACGCCUUCUAUUUAGAGAGGUAAAAGAAAUGUCUUACAGAUAAGGUUCCCUGUAAUUUAGUGAUACUUUUUCACAUGUGUCAUUGGCAUGAAUAGAGAAAAAAAACAUUUGUUUAUUAAUGACAUUGUUUAAGAGUGUAGCAGAGUUAUGUAAUUGCCCUGAUACUGCUAAUUUUCAGGAUCUCAUUUUUAGUUUUGCUGUUAUGAUCCUAGAAUAAUUACUGUCUAGUGCAUUGAAAAGAAUUUUUCUUUUCUUUGUUUAAUACAUAGAGCUGGCACUGUGAAAGAGCUCUGCUCUUGCUAUCGCAAUAGAGAGUCACUGGAGGAAGAUACCUGUUCAUGUUUGUGUUGAAUUAAAAUUUAUGUUCUAUUUAUGAAUCUAAAGCUAUCAGUGAAGAAGCAACACUGCUACAUUUUUAAAAGUUUCCAAAAAUACUCACAUAAGCAGUAUAUUUUCAUUUCAUUAACUAUUAUGAACUCAAGAGAGUUCCCUCUCCUUGUUAUAAUCCCCACAGUGAGCAAUAUGCAAGUGAACGGACUAUCUAACCUGCCAUAUCUGUCCUUUUCAAGUUUUAACGUAGCUCAUACCUGGCAUUGCAGAACAAAGUACAUGUAAGUUAGUAAUUCUGAAUGAUUUUCAGAGAAUGAAAUUUUCCAUGCUAUGAGAAUAUUGAGAUUGGUCAUCAAAAGUGUCAGACACAAAUGGUUGUUAGUCUUUUCACCCAUACUGUUUUUUCACCUGACAGUGGCUGCCCCUUUGGUCGUGCUUAAAUGAUAUUUAGUGCCAGAUCUGUGCACUAUGUGAUUGCCUAAAAGAUAGGCCAGGCUUGGGCACGUGAUCACAUUCCUGUUGAAUUAGCAGAGCAAGCAAUGCUAAGUUCAUACUGGAUUUUUGAUUUUAGCUGGCUGUGCGAGAAUAGACAAUUGCCUCUCGAGUGUAAAGCUUUGCAAGUGCAAAGAUAUUCCAUCAAAAUGUCUGGCACAAAUUUGAUCUCACAGAGUGAUUUUUAUAAUGGAUCAGUGCUUUGUGUCCUGUAACUGUGACAUUUUAUGGAUUUUCUCUGCCACAGAGCAAAUAUCAAACUCGAUUUUUUCAAUUAGGGAGCAAGGGCCAUAUUCACUGCUUGAGAAUGAGGUUUACAGAGGUCUGGAAGCUGAUACAGAGAUAUCUUAAGCAGCCCUUAACAAACAAAGCAGUUGAAUGUCCAGUGCUGAAAGGAGUGAGUAGAUGACUUGGAGGAAGCAGUGGAGCUUGAUUACACUCCAUUCCAUGUGCCAAACUUUCUUACCAUGUAUUGAGUGCUGUAACUCACCCAGAAGGCUUUCAUGGAUGGGUAAGUGAGAGGCACUGGCUACAUUUUUUCCUCUCCUUUUGUGUAAUUUUAUUCCUCUUUGUUUAUAAAUACAAUAAUGUGUGAAAUAUGGAAGAGAAAUCUGAAGCACAGAACAAUAAAGAGCAGUAGUCAAUUUAAAUAGUUUUUAAUCUAAUUUGAAAUUGGCUGUAGGAGUGUUGCCAUAACAGAGUACUCCUUAGCAAACACAAUUCAAAUGCAUGGAAGCAGCCUAAUUAUAGCACAAAAGCUGAUGGCUUCGGAGAGCUAGAAUGUCUUUCUGUUCAGAGGUCUGGAACUGAAGACUUCUCUUGCCAGUUUUCACACUGCUGGAAGACUAUCUUUCACCAUUCAUCCUCGCUAUGCUUCCAUGCCCCACGUGGAUAGUGUUAUGGACUGUGAGCCUAAUUGCUAAGAGAAAUGCAGCUUCAGGAGGAGGUCAUUGAUUCAGCACAGCUAUUUUUACUGUCAUGAGCUGUAGUGCAGGCAUAGAUUUUGUGGGGCUUGUUUUUCUGUGAUGCUUUAAAAAAAUCUAAACACACACACAGAGUUAAAACAUUUAUAGAAGGGCUGUUGUACUAAACAUCUGUUAAAUAGAGAAAUUGAAGAUGGGGCCAAGAUAGAAAUGUAUUUGUGUUGUCUGCUUUCUAUCCCUAAGCUUUUAGUAUAAAAAUUCAGAUUGCAUUUUGUGCUUAAAGAAUGUAUUGUUCAUUUUGGAAAAAUAAUCUACUAAAAAAUUAUUGACUAGUUAAACUAGAUAAUCCACAUUUUGCAGUGCUGGAAAACUAGACAGCCAGGGAAUUUGCCAGGCAGCACAAUCUGUAGCGAACUUGAAACAACAUAGCAUGGCGAAGCUACUUGAGAUCAGUGUUUAGAGUCUGUUUUACACACACAGUGUUCAAACUGUUUUCUCACACCACUCCUUUGUAUUAGAUGAAUUUGUUGUUAAAAAUUUUUCUUAGUGCUCCCAGGGUAAGUCAAGCACUGGGUUGCUGUGCCCACAGCUUUAAAGCUGUCUUGGUCAGGGCACAUCAUAAAUAUUCUCCCUUGUAAAUCACAAAUCAGACAUUUUUCAGGGUUAGGUAAGAUACUUGUUCAGCAUAUGUUCUUUUGUCCUGACUCAAAUGGAUGUUUCUUGACAAAGGGUUUUCUAACCCAGGUUUCUCUAACCAGUCACUCAUCCACUAUUUCAUGUCCUUGAAUUUUCUUCUGUCUUUGCAGAUGUUCAGUAGGCCUUCUAAAUACAUGGUGACAGUACCUAUAUGACUUUGUGGGCUUCAACUCAAAACAUACCAGUAUUUUUUUACAAUCUGACCUUCUCAGAUUUAAAAAAAACCAAAACCACUCAACAAAUAAAAAUACAUGUUGGAAGAAAUUGUGUUAUCU